GCGGGUGGCGGGAGGCAGGGCAUUAAAUAUUUCUGAGACUCUCCUCCUUUCGGUGUCUCUGGGUCCCUCGGUCUCUUCCUCCCCGCCUCACUCGCAUCCCGCCCGCCACACUCUCUCUGGAUAUCUGUCCCCUGGCUGCGGGUCCUGGUGUCUAUGAAGUUCGCCCUGUCUGUCUGCUCGGAACCUGCCCGUAGGAACCUGCCGGAACCAGAAUGGCUGGCUGGCAGACGGGCUGACUGUGCCUGCGGGGCUCAGGCCCUCUUUGCCCAUACCUGCUUAGACGGGUGCCACUGGGCAGUUGUAUCUUGGUCCCUGUCUCCCUCCUCGUUUUUUGUUUGGCUGGGAGGGGUUUGUUUCCACAGUAACCAGCUCCUCAGACUCUAGGAUUGGGGAGGGAACCCUCAGAUUUCGCCGCCUCUUCCCCCACCCCCUGGUGCUCAAUAGAGGGCAGCAAGCCAAGAGGUUCCGGCACCUGGAGAGAUGAUCCCGGGAUAGGCUUCUGUGUCAGUCUGGGACGAGGAGGAGGAUGGUGCGACCUUUACUGUCACAAGCCGCCAGUACAGGCCUCUUGACCCCUUGGCUCCCUUGCCUCCACCUCGCUCCUCCCGACGGCUCCGCGCUGGCACUCUGGAGGCCCUGGUCAGACACCUCUUGGAUGCCAGGACAGCAGGGGCUGACAUGAUGUUCACUCCGGCCUUGCUGGCCACCCACCGGGCCUUCACCUCCACUCCUGCCCUGUUUGGGCUUGUGGCUGACAGGCUGGAAGCCCUUGAAUCUCAUCCUCCCGGUGAGCUAGAGAGGACCACAGGGGUAGCCAUCUCUGUACUUUCAACUUGGCUGGCCUCUCACCCUGAGGAUUUUGGCUCUGAGGUCAAGGGUCAACUUGACCGGCUUGAGAGCUUCUUGCUUCGGACAGGGUAUGCAGCACGGGAGGGUGUUGUGGGGGGCAGUGCUGACCUCAUCCGAAACCUCCGGGCCCGGGUGGACCCCCGGGCCCCCGACCUUCCUAAGCCCCUGGCCCUUCCUGGCGAUUCCCCUGCUGACCCCACGGAUGUCCUGGUGUUCCUCGCUGACCACUUGGCCGAACAGCUGACCCUGCUAGAUGCGGAACUGUUUCUUAAUCUGAUCCCCUCUCAGUGUUUGGGAGGCCUCUGGGGUCACAGAGACCGGCCAGGACAUUCUCACCUCUGCCCGUCUGUCCGAGCUACCGUCACACAGUUCAACAAGGUGGCGGGGGCGGUAGUUAGCUCUGUCUUGGGGGCCACCUCAAUUGGAGAGGGGCCAAGAGAGGUGACUGUGAGACCACUGCGGCCCCCACAGAGGGCCCGGCUCCUAGAGAAGUGGAUCCGUGUGGCCGAGGAGUGCCGCCUGCUUCGGAACUUCUCCUCAGUGUAUGCUGUUGUGUCCGCUCUGCAGUCCAGCCCUAUCCACAGGCUUCGGGCAGCCUGGGGGGAGACAACCAGGGACAGCCUCCGAGUCUUUUCCAGCCUGUGCCAGAUUUUCUCAGAGGAGGAUAAUUAUUCCCAGAGCAGAGAGCUCCUCAUGCAGGAAGUGAAGCCGCAGCCCCCUGUGGAGCCACACUCCAAGAAGGCCCCAAGGUCUGGCUUCAGGGGUGGGGGUGUGGUUCCCUACCUGGGAACCUUCCUGAAGGACCUCGUGAUGCUGGAUGCGGCCUCCAAGGAUGAGCUGGAGAAUGGCUACAUCAAUUUUGACAAGCGGAGGAAGGAGUUUGCUAUCCUUUCGGAGCUGUUGCGCCUCCAGAAAGAAUGUCGUGGCUACGACCUCCGACCUAACUCUGAUAUCCAGCAAUGGCUCCAGGGCCUCCAGCCUUUAACUGAAGCUCAGAGUCACCGUGUAUCCUGUGAAGUGGAGCCACCAGGGACCAGUGACUCCCCCGCUGCAAGGACACCUCGGCCAACACUAGUGAUCACACAGUGGACGGAAGUUCUGGGCUCUGUUGGAGGCCCCACUCCGCUUGUGUCCUGGGAUCGGCCCAGUGUCGGGGGAGAUGAGGUGCCUGGAACCCCAGCACCUCUGCUGACUCGCCUCGCCCAGCACAUGAAGUGGCCAUCAGUCUCAUCUCUGGACUCUGCCCUGGAAAGCAGCCCCUCCUUGCACAGCCCUGCUGACCCUGGCCACCUCUCUCCUCCAGCCUCCUCCCCUAGGCCUUCCCGGGGUCACCGUCGCUCAGCCUCCUGUGGGUCUCCGUUGAGUGGAAACACAGGAGAAGGGACCUCUAGGAGUGCUGGAUGUGGGGGCGGGGUAUCUGGGCCAGGGUCCUCUGAUUGCCGAAUCAUCCGAGUCCAGAUGGAGCUGGGGGAGGAUGGCAGCGUCUACAAGAGCAUCCUGGUGACAAGCCAGGACAAAGCUCCAAGUGUUAUUAGUCGUGUCCUUAAGAAAAACAAUCGUGAUUCUGCUGUGGCUUCAGAGUUCGAGCUGGUGCAGCUGCUACCUGGGGAUCGAGAGCUGACCAUCCCACACUCAGCUAACGUCUUCUAUGCCAUGGAUGGUGCAUCUCAUGACUUCCUCCUGCGGCAGCGCAGAAGACCCUCUGCUGCCACCCCGGGUUCCCACAGCGGCCCCUCUGCCUCAGGAACUCCUCCGAGCGAGGGGGGAGGGGGCUCCUUUCCCAGGAUCAAGGCCACGGGGAGGAAGAUUGCACGGGCACUGUUCUGAGGAUGAAGUCCUAUUGGUUUACAUAGCAACUCAUACCAGGAGUGAGCAGCCACACAUGGUGGCCACAAUAUUAGAGCAGAAACCCUGAAAGGUGGCCAGCCACCCUGGGACAGUGAAGUCACCUGUUUACGAAACCACUGCGGAAGCCAGCCCCAGCCCCAGCCCCGUGGGACUGGUGACCACGUAACCAUGUUGGAUACCUGCAUCUAGCUUCCACCUCUGCGGAAUGUGGCAUUAUCAUCUGUGCUGGGAAGAGUACUGGUCCCUGCCACAUGCCAGCCUGUGACAGGCCAAGGGAAGGCCUAGAGGCUGAGCCUGGGGCAGAGGGCAGUGACAAGAGGUUCUUGUCCCACUCUGGGGAUUCCUGUCACUGUGACAACACUAAGAAAAUAAACCAAAACACUACCUGAA